AUGGGGAAACUAGGGGAGCUGCUCACGCACCCCGACGAGCUGGUGCCCAUGGCCUCCAUGUUCAUGGCCGCGCGCCGCGCCAAGCAGCUGCCCCAGGAGCCAGGCCUGGCCUUCUGCUACGACAUGCUGAACCGCGUGUCGCGCAGCUUUGCCAUCGUCAUCCAGCAGCUGCCGCACGGCCUGCGCGACGCCGUCUGCGUCUUCUACCUGGUGUUGCGCGCCCUGGACACCGUGGAGGACGACAUGGGUCUGGACCCCAAGGUGAAGGUGCCCCUGCUGAGGUGCUUCCACGAGAAGAGCUACGACAGGAGCUGGAAGAUGAGCUGCGGCAGCGGCGAGUAUGUGCGGCUUAUGGAGAACUACCCGCUCGUCACGGACGUGUUCCAGGGGCUGGACAAGCGGUACCAGCAGGUCAUCGCCGACAUCUGCAAGAAGAUGGGCGCCGGUAUGGCCGACUUUGUGACGGCAGAUGCCGCAGACGUGGAGGACUACAACCUGUAUUGCCACUACGUGGCCGGCCUGGUGGGCAUCGGUCUCUCCCACCUCUUUGCCUCCUCAGGUGGGUACGGAGACCAGCCGGCCCCUGCCGCCCUGCACCUACUGGACUCACAAGCCUGGCCGGUUGCUGGCAUCCCCUCGCCCAAUGCAUUCCCUCGCCCAAUGCUGCGGCUGCGGGCGAGGCGGGCGCGCGUUCCAGCGGCAGCGGGCAGGGCGGGGCAUGGCCGGGCAGGCGGCGGCAGCGCGGCGCGGCGCAGCGCGGCGCCUGGCCUGCCCCGCCCCGCCUGA